UCCGAACUGGUGGCAAUCAUCAGUCGCGUGGUUCUUGAGGAUGUUGGAGGUUCGACGUCUCAGGUGGAGUGGGUUGUGGUUGAGUUGAGUUGAGUGUCAGCGGAUGGAUGCGAUCUUGUGCUCAUGGCGGGAUUUGGUCGUUUCUGUGAAAUCCGUGGUCCACCCUGGGUGGGUGUAUCUUCUUCGAUUGAGCCGGCCUCACAAGGCAGCAGUUUUUUCGGCCACUGUCUGUCUGGCUCUCCUCGCUAUUAUUGCCCAGCAAAUGAAGCGUUCGAAACGACCCCGUCCUGGUCAAUCGCCUUACUACAAUCGGGGGAAUUCGUUGAGGACUCGUGGCAACUAUCGACGUCUUGUAGCGCAAGAUGAUUUUUCGUUUCGUGGAGGAGGUGGGGAUGCAUACAAGUUUAGGAACACCUCAUCAUCGAUUUGUUCGGAUCAGAAGUCGACGUCGACGUUGAUCACGAUGCUUGCAGGAGAUGCAAGUGUUGGCACUGGUGUGGGAAAUUCUCCUUGUACUGCUCAACAGCUUGGUCUUCUGGGUUUAGAAGCUUUAGAAACAGCUAUUGGCUAUUGGGAAGACGCGGAAGUAGCAUUUAGUCGUGAAGCUAUGACAGGAUCAGGACAACUUGCCCUUACGAACAAAAGCGAAGCUGAACUGGGACGGCAACUCCAAGUCCUAUUGGAGAAAGCCUUCGACUUGCAAGAUGCCGGCGAAACUCUCUUUCUUCACGAGGGUUCCCUACUUUUCAGUCGCGAAGAAAGCUUGGCUACCCCGCGAAUGGAAGGAGGAAUGACGAGAACGCUGUCGUAUUCUUCGGAUGGUUGUGAUUCAUUCCAUUCUGCUUUGUCAGACAUGAGUGACGAAUUGCUGGAGGUUGAAGGAAGUUUAGGAGAACCGGGUAAGUUGGCGUUGUAUCGUUUAGCGAAAGCUGUUUACGAAGAAAGCGGAAUUCCAACAAGGGGACUUUACACAGAAAUAGUCGGUUUGACUUCUGAUGACGACUAUAGAGUCAAGGUGCAUUGUUUACGCCUCGGUUUCCAGUAUGUGUUCGAACAGGAUACUCCAAGGCGUUGGUUCGCUGACGCUGGUUUCCAAAUUCUCUCUGAUCUCUUCGUGCGGGCCGAAAAGGAUCCACGUGAAAUGCAAAUGAGUUUCGAGGAGUUGGUCAACUACUUGAUGUCUCCGAAUGGUAGACGAAUUAUGACUUAUGAGCUGAAGGCCAAGGGUUACUAUGCUACCACUUUUUUUGAUGUUGUGAUCGAGAAUCUGCUGGAGGCCUUCAUUCAAAUUGAAUCACCGCCUGGCUUCGUUCUCGCAGUUACAAAUAACCGAUGGUUGUCGAGUAGAUUCAAGGAAUCGGGUUUAACAGCUUCGUUGUGGUCGAUCAUUAAGGCAAGGAAACGUACUCUGGAAAACCCAGAGGGCUACUUAACCCGCUAUUACGACCUUUUGGCCCAUGCGGCACCAGUUGUCGUCUGGGGCUUCUUAGGAACUGACAUACGAUUGAAUCAGAUUUGCAACGCAAUGAAGGACGAGUUUUCGGGCUACGUUAACGACAUUUUCAACGUCAGGAAAGUGAGAUAUACGACUGUCGAAGAGCUGUCCCAGGAUUUAUGGAAACUGGCCAAACUGCACCAUGACUUACUCGUUCAGCGACUUGCUUUGUGACACAAAAAUUGCCAAUCAGCCGUCUAGCAUUUCCUGUCGACCUGUGAUUCUUUGUUGCUCCCGGUACCAGGGAGAUUUUUAGUAUGGUUUUCGUAGUGGGACGAAGAAUGGACGUGCGAUUUUCCUCAAGUUCUCGUGGAUCAUUCCCACAGCAAUUUAUCAAAGACGUGGGAUGUCUGGUUCAUUAGUUCUGGUUUUUCAGUAUCUUGAAAAUAAUUCAGCGAAGAAAUUAAAUUUGGGAGAGCUUCUCUUCGCAUCGCUUCCGUCAUCAGUUGAACCAAGUUUCAAGCUGUUCAAAUUUCCUCUUUUCUGACAAAUUCAAGUCAAACCGUGCCUCAUAUGUUUUUACUGACGCAGAAAUUUCUAAAUUUAAGAAGUCUUUUCCUUGAAAUUAUGAUCAAUUCCUUUGUACUUCUGGUGCAACUCAGACUAUCUGCUGGUAAAUUGGAGGUGCAAGUGUGACAAAUGAACCUGUGCUCCAAGAAAGGUUCGGGUGAACUUCCAACUUUUGUCUUCCAUUCGGGUUUUAAUGUAAGGAAAUGUUGUCAAAGACGGAUAUUACUCGUAAAAAUCGUUCUACUCAAAUACUUGAUGGGAUGUGAUGGAUUAGCAGAACUUGUGAACCAGCCGUCGUAUUUAGGGUGCUCAAAACCGAAAAAAGUUUAGGAAUCGGCCGUCGCAGCUUUAGAGGGAAGAAAGGCGUGAAUUUGAAGAAUCGCCCUAAAAAAAAGGAGAGAUCG